GGCUGCAGCCUCGGCUCUCGGCGUCGCGCGGCCACCUAUGGGCUCUGGCCUCUCCUGGUGGCCCCGGUCUGGGCGUUCCACGCUUUUAGGUGGCCAGGGUCCAGGCAGACCUGCCCAGUUCCUGGUAAGGACAGAGGGACCUUGACAGCUUCUGUGGCCCAGAUCUCGAGGGAGGCAUAAAAUGACUAAGAGGAAAAAGCUGCGGACUUCAGGUGGAGAAGGAAUCUGUUCUCCAAAAUUCCCGAAGAACCCAAGGCUCGGAGACUCUGGCGGGUGCCCCCAGAGUUCUGAGUGGGGCUCUUCGUGUCUCCCUGAAGAGUCAGAAGGCAGAUCGGGACCUGUUCCCUCUGCCGAACAGAGGACGGAGGAACCAGGACAGGCAGCCUCCAGCCCCACUGCCGAGGAAGCACAAGUUCCCUCCAGUCUCCUCGGGCAACCGGAAAAGGAGCCAGCGCCCCUUCCUCUUUCCCAGAACUCAGCCAGGAGGUUUGUCCCCCAGUUUGCAAAACCCAGGAUGACAGUGACAAGGUCAGCAGAGAUGAGGGGAGAGGACCUCAGGAGUGGAACCCCUAAAGUCAGCCAGGAAACAUCACCAGGGUCCAGGUCCCAGCAGGCCAGAGGCCAACUGCGGGAGGAGUCCCUAGGGCUUGCUUCCUGGGAGGCCAGGGAGCUGGGAGCCCAGACCCAGGUGGACAGCACUCACCUUGAACACAGAGACCAAAGCCCCACGACCCCUGUGCCAGGAAGCGGGGAUUCUCAGCCCUCGGCUUCCACCAGUGCCUCUCCAGAGUGGGGGACGGUACCAAGCCAGAACCGCCUGUCAGAGCAAGGAACCAACACAGCAGAUGGUAAAAGCAGGGAAGGAUGUUGGGUUCUAGGCCGCCAUGGCCAGAAAGGGCCCCUGCUGAGCAGUGAUGCUGAGGAGAAGGCAGACCAAGCAGGCCUCCAGGAAGCAGGUGCGCGAGGGGGAGCAGAGGCUGGCCUGCCCGAGAGCCACAAGCAGGAAGAAGACAGUGUCCUGCAUCCCGCCACUCAGGGCCCAGAGCCUGGAGCUGCAGACCAGGCCCUCUCUGACCCCUUGCGGAUGCCCAGCGAGCCUGGCAGCGAAGCAGAACAGAGCUGCAGCAGCCCUAGUCACUCCUCCCUUGGGACCAGUGUCCUCGCAGACAGGAUCACAGACCCCACGGGGCCAGAGCAGAGGGCUCCACAGGUGGCCAAGCCCGAUGAACAGGCCGACACCGGGGCACCUUCCUCUCCCAGCGGGAGGGCCCCUGCUGGGGGCCACAGUGGGGCCCUGCUCAGCUGCACACUUGUCUCUGGGGAGACAGGAGGCAGAAGGGAGGCAGAGUGGGAAGACAAGCCCCCUGGCAACAUCCUGGGGGCCCCUGCAGGUUCCCUGGCCCUGGAUCACAGAAUAAAAGAGCCCGCAGCAGGUCCUGGAGAUUCCAGUCUUCUAGCCUCAGGAAUGGGCCCACGUGUUGAUCAGACAAGCGUGCCUGGCCUGAGUGAGGAGGGGCUGGGGCCAGUGUGUGCGCUGCCUUUGCUGUCGCCGCCUGCAGGUGCAACAGCGGCAGAGUCAGUGAGCCAGCGCCCUGAACAAGACCCCGUGUGGUUCAAUCUGUCUCUCGGAGCCUUUGCUCCACCGGUGCUCAGAGAACCAGUGGGUGACCCCUCCCAGGAGACCAGGGCCUGCCACGACCGCCCAGAUGCCCCUGAAGACCCCACUGGCUGGCCUGAGCCCCCGCCUGGCCCUGCAGACCUGGCUGCCUCCGGGGGGUCUCCAGCCGGGGAUCCUGACUUCCUGCUGGACAGCCAGAUACGGGACGCCCUGGAAGCCCCUGACUUUGCAGCCUCACCUGAGCAGACACUGCAGGAGGGGCAGGAGACAGCGCUGAGGCCCAGCCAUGGGGGACAGAGCCACCAGCCGGCACAGAUGAGCCCUUCAGAGAGCACAGGCCCGGUGGCGGACACCAGGUCGUGUCCUCCGGGGAGCAGGCGGGACUCUGGCUGGCCGGGCACCAGCCCACAGGCUGACGGAGGCCCCCUCACCGAGGUCCAGCUGAGGACAGCUCCAGGCCCAGCAAAAGCCCCCCCAGAACAGACUUCGGCAGAGCUGCCCAGGGACGGCAGGCCUGUGUCGUCCCUCCCUGCCCCCAGGACCUGCGUAGGGAUCAAGCGCUGCGAAGCUGCCCGGAUGGAGGACGCAACAGACACCGUGCAAGGCCUUGUCGUUGAGCUCUCCAACCUGAACCGGCUGAUCAUGAGCGCCCACCGGGACCUGGGGGCUUUCAGGCGCCUCAGCUACAGGACCGCAAGGCCAGCAGGGAAAGCCCCGGCGGCGCCCUACACACCAAAGGGAGCUGCGAACCCCCCGCCGGCGGAGCGAUCCUGGAGGGAUUUGUAGAUUACUUCCAGACCACCUCGGGAGCGCCCUGUGUGCACACUCGCGUGGGCCUGGCACUCCUGCCAAACAGCUGGAAACCAUCCGCCAGCAGACCCCGGGAAGCCUGCAGGGCCCCGUGUGCCCCUGGUUUACCCUAGAAGACACUGCAGCGCGUCCUAGUGGCCCCCGAAACCUCCCCUCAGCCGGCCCAGAAGUCAGCUUUCCAUGGGAAACACGGAGGCCAGGCCUGGGUCAACAGCCUGCCUUGGGCGUUGGGAGGGAGGGAAGGGGCCCUGCUCCUCCUGGGGCUGCAGCAGAGGCCGGAGGCCGGCUGUGCCCCCAGCACCCCGAAGCCAGCUGCUGCUGAGCAGGGCCCAGAGCUGCCCAGAUGUUUAUCUGGGUUUGCAAAUUUCAGUUCUUUGCUCAGGUUAAGGGAGGUUCAGAACUGGUUUCUUUCCUGGAGGGGAAAAGGGCUCCCUUUGUUGGCGGUACCUGUGUUUUGCCUCCAGAUUUCCAUUUUAUCUGUUCUGGUUAGACCAUUAAUAAAUGACUCCCUAGCGUGGA